AUGUUGUUGUCUUUCUUUUGUUUGGAAAAGAUCAUGACUGAUCCAGAUGUUCCAGGUCCUAGUGAUCCUUACUUAAGGGAACACCUCCACUGGAUUGUGACGGAUAUUCCUGGUUCAACUGAUGCUUCUUUUGGAAAAGAGAUAGUGAGCUACGAUAGUCCAAAACCAGUGAUUGGAAUUCAUCGAUACGUGUUCGUAUUAUAUAGGCAAAAUAAUGGAAGACAAACAGUGAAAUCACCAGUAACAAGAGAUCAUUUCAACACUCAAAAAUUUGCAGCAGAAAAUGGAUUGGGUUCCCCUGUUGCUGCUGUCUACUUUAAUGCCCAAAGAGAAACUGCUGCUAGAAGAAGAUGAACCAACCAUCCAUCUACAUCAACAAAUAAAAAUAAAAGUAUGCAUAAUAAUAUACGCAGAAUUUUUCGUAAGUAAUGUUACUCCUGACUCCUGAUCAUGGAUCAUGUUGAUUCAGGGGCAGUGCUGAAACAUAAUGUUGGACGAUCUCCAUUUUCAUAUGGUAAUUGAAGUCAAACAGGAGCAAAUCAGGUAUAAUAACAAUCAAAGUGGUAGGUGGGUAUUCAAAUAAAGGAGUACUUUGUCCUAUUAUAUAAUUUAUAGGAUA